ACUCUCUCUCUCUCUGUCUCUCUCUCAUUUUAGAAAGAAAAUCACAAAUCAAAACAAGGAUACGAAUCAUAAUAUUUCCGUUAUAAUUAAUCAAUUGUGUAUACACAUAUAUAUCUAAUGAAAAAUAUUAUAUGUAUUCUGUCCGAUAUUAUAAACCCUAAUUUUUGAUUGAGAAUCGGAAUAAAUUCAUGGUGGCGGAUCUGAUUAAACAAUGGGCGGGUGGAUCGAUUGCCGACGUCGGUGAUAAUGAGGACGAAAUUAGGGUUUCCAAUUUGAGAAAUUAACGGGGAGAUUAAUAAUAGUAUCAAUUAAAAUAAUAAUAAUAAUAAUAAAUAAGAAGAAAAAAAUAUAUAGGAGAAUAAUAAUAAUAAGAAUGCAGGUACAUGUGUCAGGGAGUAUGAGAAGUGUGACAAUAACAAGAAGCAGUAGUAAUGGUUUUAUUGAUUUAAUGAAGAUUAAAAUCGCAGCUCGACAUGUUUCCUAUAAAACAUUGUUUCAUACUAUAUUAAUACUUGCCUUCUUGUUGCCUUUUGUUUUCAUUUUUACUGCUCUUGUUAGCCUUGAAGGUCUCAACAAAUGCUCUUCUUUCGAUUGUUUAGGCAGGCGUUUGGGUCCGAAGCUACUUGGAAGAGGAGAUGAAUCAGGGAGGCUUGUUAAAGACUUCUAUGAUGUCCUUAAUGAAGUGAACACUGAAGAAGUUCCAGCUGACCUAAAGAUCCCUGAAAACUUUACACAUCUUGUCUCUGAGAUGAAAAGCAACGCAUACAGUGCCAAAGAUUUUGCUAUUAUAUUGAAAGGAAUGAUGGAGAGAUCUGAGAAGGAGAUAAGAGAAUCUAAGUUCCAAGAACUAAUGAACAAACACUUUGCAGCAAGUUCAGUUCCAAAAGGGAUCCAUUGUCUCUCUUUGAGAUUAACUGAUGAGUACUCGUCUAAUGCUCAUGCACGAAGGCAGUUGCCAUCACCAGAAUUACUCCCCCUCCUCUCGGACAACUCAUAUUAUCAUUUUAUUCUGCCGACUGACAAUAUCUUGGCAGCUUCGGUUGUAGUUACUUCUGCCGUCCAAUCAUCUCUAUCUCCUGAAAAGAUCGUCUUCCAUGUGAUAACUGAUAAAAAAACUUAUGCUGGCAUGCACUCUUGGUUUGCUUUAAAUCCCAUCUCCCCUGCCAUUGUUGAAGUAAAAGGUGUUCAUCAGUUUGACUGGUUGACCCGAGACAAUGUUCCUGUUCUCGAAGCUGUGGAAAAUCAUAUUGGUAUUCGGGACUACUACCAUGGAAAUCAUAUAUCAGGGGCUAAUCUUAGUGAUACUAAUCCAAGAACCUUUGCCUCCAAAUUGCAAGCUAGAAGUCCUAAGUACAUAUCUUUGCUCAAUCAUCUUCGUAUAUAUCUCCCAGAGCUUUUUCCGAACCUUGAAAAGGUUGUUUUCUUAGAUGAUGAUAUUGUAAUUCAACGUGAUUUAUCUCCACUUUGGGAAAUUGACCUCAAUGGAAAGGUCAAUGGAGCAGUAGAGACGUGUAAAGGUGAAGAUUCAUGGGUGAUGUCAAAACGAUUUAGAAACUAUUUUAACUUUUCUCACCCACUGGUGGUAAAAAGUUUAAACCCGGAGGAGUGUGCUUGGGCUUAUGGGAUGAACAUCUUUGACUUAAAUGCAUGGAGAAAGACCAACAUAAGAGAUUCAUAUCAUGCAUGGCUUAAAGAGAACUUGAGGUCAAAUUUGACAUUAUGGAAGCUUGGAACUUUACCACCAGCCUUGAUUGCAUUUAGGGGCCAUGUUCAACCUAUUGAACCUUCAUGGCACAUGCUGGGGUUAGGGUACCAGAAGAAUACAAAUAUCGAGAGUGUAAAGAAGGCUGCUGUAAUACAUUACAAUGGCCAGUCAAAACCAUGGUUACAGAUUGGUUAUGAGCAUCUAAGACCUUUUUGGUCGAAAUACGUAAACUACUCCAAUGAAUUUGUCAAGAAUUGUCACAUCCUGGAGUAGUGAUUUCUCAAUGUACAAGUGCAUAUACGAACGGAUGGGACCUGGAUAUGAAGGGAAGUAUUUUGUCGAUACAAAUCAUCAAUAUAGAAGCAAGAAAUCAGCCAAAAUGGAAAUACAACUCUUCGAAUGGCUCAUCUUCUGAUUAAUGCGUCACUGGCACCUGUGUAACAAGUCAUUCUUUUGGUAUGUAACACAAUACUUUCUUUAGAUGAUUUUCAGCUUACCCCAUAAGGGGAUCCGUAUAGUUUAGCCAAUAGAAAUCAUGGGCAGGAUGAAGAAUGCCACCUGUCGCUUGUACGAGCCUAAAUGCACCAGAGAAGAAAGAGACCCUCUAAACUCUAAAGGCUCAUGUUUAGGCUAAUUAGCUUAAGAACUAUAUGAUUCAUUCAGAUUUUGGACUUGAUCAGUCAUUAAAGCUCUACCCAUUUUGUUUUCCUUUAUAAGGUUUUACACAAGUAUGUCCGAGUUUGGGCAACAGAUGGGUGGUAUUUUUUGCUACAAGAAUUUUAUUCUUUGAUAACAUUUGCCAAGUAUUUGUAUUCAUGAGAAACAUUAUAAUGUGCAGUAAAUUCUUGAAAAUUCAGUUAUUCUUGUUUCUA